AUGAAGAUCAAGAAACAGGCUACAUCGCGACAUGAGUCGACUCUGUCGCCGAUGAUAGCAGACUUUGUGAAGGCGACCGAGUCAAUACCGCUGUUCCAACUGCCCGCACAUCUCGCCUCCUUCCCUAGGCACUGGCCCUUUCCCCGCGGUGACGCAUAUCACUGGAUCCCCGCCCUGAACCGCUUCGACCACAUCCUCGAGCUAUUCAACAAGGAGUAUGACCUGGUAGACGGACCACAGACACAGCCCUUCCAGCGCCGACUACUACUCAAGGGCGAUGUCGAGGAAGGAAGCACCAGCUCGGAGCAAACCACGACCGAUGCCGUCCUGGAUACCCUGCACGUAUCACGGGAUGGCGAUCGCGAGCUGAUCGAGCAGAUUCUCAACUUCACGCGCAUGCUAUUGGAGAACUGCGGCAACCGUAGUCUGUACUCCAGCAGUGAGCGCCUGGACAAGCUGCUAAACACGACUUCUACAUCCCUUCUCAAGGCUACGCUUCGCCUAGGUCAUCGCCUCGCUCAGCGCUAUGCUGCCGCGCGCAUGCGCCUGGCCCCGGCCACACUACACCCGUCUCUUCUCUCCAGUCACUACAACAUCAACCUCGAUAAGGUUCAGAAGCUGGCUAGCCCAUUCGCAAAAGGCCCCGCUACGCCAGCACCUGUGUUCGGCACACCAGCAGGCAAGGGCAAGGAUCGUGCUGGCAGCACUGAUCGAGUCAGUUCGUCUGACUUGGUUGCCAUGUACUCUCUGUCCGAAGCGUCGAUGAAGCAGGAGUUCGGAGGCGUCCUUAUUUCGUACUACGAGCCCACUCCCACAUCGGAAGCAGAGAGCGGUAAACCGGCAUCUACAGAAGCACCCGCGCCCACGACACCAACUCCAGUACGAAGGACUUCGAGCAUGGGUCCCAAUCGAACGCCGAGACAAACCCAGCCUGCGCCCACCACCGAUUCGCCGAGCACACCAGCUUUCACACCUGGACAACCCGGUAGCAGGACGAAUGGGCCCAAGACUUUCGAGCUGUCAGCCGAGAAGGUGUCUAAGAGCGACGUACACGACUUGAUCAAGGAAGGACUCGCAAGUUUACCGGAAACAGUCCACUACGAAUUUCUCCACAAACUUCGUACCGCAAAGAUGUUUCACGAGGGACACACAGGGCGCGAUAGCGCAGUCGCCAUCCGCCUUCUAUCCAUCGCGAACAUUGGCUACGUACAUAUUGAAAAGGAGUUCAUGGCAAAGCUGGGCCAACAAGACGCAGACGAGCCACGCCGGUUACAACUUGCCUACCAACUCUCUGAGCUGGUUCAUCCGCCAGGCAAUGGCGAGACUGGUAUUUCGAUGGAACUGCAGACCUAUACAAUGAGCGCCCUCGAGGCUCUUGCGAAGCACAAGUCGAAAGCGCCUGACGUCUGUACCGCCCUCAGUGUCAACGUUAACCACGGUGUACUGUUCUACGUUGUGCGUAAGCUCGUCGCUGGACUUGGCGAGGAAGCUGGUAACCCUAACGAUAUCGAAGAAGAUGAAUGGCGCGAUGCUUUGUUCUCCCUCUUGAACACCCUACCUACUUCUCAAACGCGCACUGGUGAGCAGAUGGUGGCCGCUGGCCUCCUGGAGAUUCUUGUUGAUGUCCUUAAGCUGCGUACGGCAAAGGCAGAACGCAAUCACCCUAAGAUUCUCAACUUCCUUGACACCUUCGUGUACAAUUUGCGCGAUGCCUUCUCAGCCCUUGUGGCCGCAAAGGGACUCGAAAUCAUCGCUGAUCUGAUGCAAUACGAGGUCGAUACCUCUAAGAAGCUCGCAGAGGAGGACAAGGGCAUGCCCAAGGAGUACAAGACGCAGCUUACUGAUUAUCAAAUUCCGUUCUACCAUCAGCAGAGUCUACGCUGGCUUUUCAAGUUCCUCAACCACAUGAUGUCGCAUACAGGCGGAAACUUCGAUCGCCUGAUGCGAAACUUGCUUGACUCACAACAACUGCUUAGCAGCUUGCGCACUGUGCUAUCCAAUGCCAAGACGUUCGGUUCAACUGUUUGGAGUAUGGCUGUCACGAUCCUGACCAGCUUCAUCAACAAUGAGCCUACUAGCUACCAGGUCAUUGCCGAGGCGGGUCUUAGCGAUGCGUUCUUGGAGACAGUGGCUGGAGAGCCCGCUUCAGAGUCGAUUGCUGCAGCCAACGCUGACAUCAGUGCUUCAACACCAUCGACAUACUCUCCACGAGAAGGCGGAAAGCCACUCGCCGAGGGUAUCUUGCCUGUGGCCGAAGCCAUUUCCACUCUGCCGCCUGCUUUCGAUGGUAUUUGCUUGGCUGAAGCCGGCAUGAAGCUAUUCCAGUCGUCCACCGCUCUCCAGCGAUUCUUUGAGAUCUUCGAGAGUCCUGCUCAUAUCAAAGCACUUGACGCUGAUACCGAGAUGCCUACCUUGAUCGGAAACUCUUUCGAUGAGCUAGUGCGUCAUCACCCACCUCUCAAGGCACGCGUUCUUUCAUGUCUCAGCGAGCUGAUCGCGCGCGUGGUUCAGCUUUGCGCCGAGAAGGCUGAAAAGGAGGGUGUAGGAGCCAAGCUUUGGUCCGAGGACGCUGCGGGUAAGCUUACCGUCGCUGGCGGCCGCCAAGCCCUUUCUGGAUUACGCUUGCAGCAGAACGCAGCUCAAGCAUCGGCGUCUACAAGCACUGAUGUGGAGAUGAAGGAUGCUGAUGAUACUGCUAACGAACCAGUCGCUUAUGAUCAAGUCACCGAGACUGAGGACAGCACCAAGGGCCCUACUACCGGCCAAUACAUUCGCGUACUCUGCCGCUUCCUCUCUGGAUUCUUCUCAAACCACGCCAUGUGCGCUGCAUAUGUCGAGCUUGAUGGUGUAGAUUCUAUCCUAGACAUUUCUAGUCUUGCCUGCUUAGACCCAAAGGCAAGCGAGUACCGCAGUAUGUGCGAGCAGUUCGGUCAUGUCGUCCAGGUACUCGUCGAGCAGAAGCCGCAUAUCGCAGUGCCAUCUCUGAUUAAGCGUACACAAGCGGCUCUGGAGCGCUUGCAGCCUCUGCUCGACCAUACCGGCAAGCAGGCUUUCUUCGCUCCUUUCACAAGCGCUGGUACUUCCCAGAGUAUCGAGCCCUUGCAGCGGGGCACACAAUACGUCAAAGCACUAGUUUCUGCCCAUACUCUCGUUGGAGCCAUGACCCUAACGUUCCAGAGCCAGAUGUACACUACUCGCUCGGCUCACAACGUGUCCAGCCAAGUUAACCUUGCCGACAUGUACGCACGACUCGUGGAUAGCCUCGGAAAGCUGCAUCGAAGCUGUGUUUGGGAAGAGUUGUUGCUACAGCGUAACAUGCCUACAGAAUGGGAGAAGGAGACUCGUGUCACUAGCUCCGGUUUUGGAAACGAUGAAGCCGACAACGUGUUCCGCAUUGGAAAUAGUGCUACUGAAUCACCAGGUAACGGAGAUGCUACUGCUUCAGGCACAACUUCUGAGAACACCGUCUCGAGCCAGAACAGUGCACAGUUCAAGAACACGCAAACGCUCCGCAAUCUACUUAGCAGGAUACCUACCGAAGUUGCGCCGUUCUUCCAGUCGCUUGGUAAACUGCUCUUGUUCCGCCGCAGUCUGGAGGCGUACCAGAGGCAAUGUGCUACGGUUGUGUCUGACCAACUUGCCCAAGCCGUCAUCGAUCAGCUCGAAUACGAGGGUCCAAAAGAUUCAGAGAUCGUCGAAGAUCGCUAUGCGUACUGGAUUGUCAUUCUCACUUCCUUGUCGCAGCUCAUCGUCGAACCAAACCUGGAUCGAUCACAAGCGCUGACACUAUUGCUCGUGUCAUUCCGCAAUCUGGGUGGGUUCGAUGUUCUAGCAAACAUUCUCAACCAGUUUUACGAGUCGGCGCUUGAGAUCACUAAGAAGCAGGGGGAAGACACCAGCGAGGAAUCGAAGCGACUGCUUAAUCUGUCUCUCGGUGGCAUCAAGAUUAUCUUAGCCUUUUUCUCCCAGAUCAUCAAUUUCAAGGUAAUCUCAGAGUCGCCGCAGACGUCAUCGAUGCAAACCCGGCCAGAUCGUGAUCGGGAGCGGUCUGAUUACUUUUUGACUGCUCAAUUCCUCGUCGAGCUACGCUACGCCGUCAUCGUACCCGUCGAGAAGAUCUGGAACUCGGACCUCAUUGACAAGGCCACCCCGUCGAUCGUAAAGACAUCUGUCAACAUACUGAAAUCCGUUCUCGAAUGCGAAGGUGAGCACGGAGCUUACAAGAGUAUAGACAAAAUUCCAAAGCGUAGCAAACCCAUCAUCAAGCCUUGGUCAGCUCGAAAUGGAGACCACUUGCCACGUCUGAAGGAGAACGGAUAUGAGGAGAGCCUUGCUGAGGAAGCUCUGUAUCGCUGCUGUGACAACUUUAACAUGGCGAACGAGUACUGCAAGAAUCAAGCUCGUCCAGGGGUUUCAAGAAACCCUAUUCCGCAGUACGAGAUUCAAGCACGAGGCCCACCAUCUGCGUCACCUAGCCGAGCUGAAGUAGUGGUUCCCGAGCAUCCAGACGACGCUAGUAUGACAUCCAGCGAAGUAACGCGAGAUGAGGAUGGGUCUGAGCAGCCGGAGACACAGUCUGUUCAGAUGGAAGACGCCGACACUUCAAUUGCAGAGCCGGAGGCGACUGCGUCCGCUGCACUAGUACCGGGCGAGCAGCCAAGUCAAACACCCGCUGCUCCACAGGAUGCUCUUGCAUACCAGAAACGGAUGGCUAACGGCAAUUCGACACAGCUCGUUGCUCUAGACCAGUUGGAUGAGCAACGAUCCAAGCUCCGUGAGCAACUCGUUGAGCGAUCUCUUGAUGUAUUAAACUCACACGAAGACGUCACCUUCGAGCUUGCUGAUCUCAUCUCGGCCGCCGUUUUAAAAGCACCAGAUCCACCCGAGAUGCGUGGUGAGAUUGGAACGAUGCUCGUGCAGUCUCUCAUGUCGCUGCAGAGUGAUGACGACUUCCGAACCCAGAGUAAGAAGAUCGCAGCUUCAGCACAUCUUUUGGCUUUGAUCCUUCAAGAAAAGGACUUUUACGAAGUCAUUGUUGAACAACUAAAGGAGCACUUCACUACGUUGUUGGGCUUCAUCAAGAUCUUCCCAGAUCAAUCUCCGGAGGACUCAUCACCUUGGAUCGGCCAAGUCUUACUUAUUGUCGAACGACUACUAGCUGAGGAUCAACUACCACAUCAAAUCCAGUGGACUCCGCCAACAGAAGAAUCCACGGAAGAGACCACAGUUGACGAGCUACCACAACCUAUUGUCAGUAUUGAAGAGAAGGAUCUGCUGUUCAACGCAAUCAUCGAGAUGCUACCUCGCAUCGGAAAAGAUGAGUCGUUGGCUCUGUCUGUGACGAGGGUACUAGCCAUGCUUACUCGCACGCGCAAGAUCGCCACCCGUCUAGCAGAGAAGCGCAACAUCCAGCGGCUGUUCCUUAUGGUCAAACAGCUUGCUGGCAUCACCAAUGAGGGCUUGCGUAGCGCUUUCAUGAUUGUUCUUCGCCACAUGAUCGAAGACGACGAAAUGAUUCGGCAGAUCAUGCGUACCGAGAUCCAGCAAAUGUUUGAGUCGCGGGAUCGAAGACAGACGGACACUACUGGCUAUACUCGCCAGAUGUACGCGCUAGCCAUUCGUGCACCUGAGAUUUUCGUCGAAGUCACCAACGAGAAGCUUCAGUUGAAGGGCUUCGACCCUAAUCAGCGACCGCAAGCCCUGGUCCUCAAGAAGACUGAGCCAUCUCUAACGGAAGGAACAAGCAUCGUGGAAUCCUCAGAGACCACUGCUGAAGCCGACAAGCCAAAGGAAUCCAGUGAAGCGCCCAAACAGCCGUUCCUUGAGCGGACAAAGACCUCCGACCUGAAGGUCCCCGUGGUUGAAAACCCCGACGGCGUCAUUCACUACCUUCUUUGCGAACUGUUAGCUUACAAGGAAGCUGAAGACAAGCCCGAGCCCGCUAAGCCUGCUGAGAAUGCACCUGAAGGGCAGACAAGUAAGGAGUCGAACUCAGAUGCUGCCACCGCGCCUGCUGCUCCAGCGGCCACGCCCGCAGAGCCUGCGAAACCUGAAAAGCCCGUGUUCAAGGCUGAAGCACAUCCGAUCUACAUCUACCGUUGCUUCAUCUUGAAGUGUCUCGCCGAGCUUCUGCAGAGUUACAACCGCACCAAGAUCGAGUUCAUCAAUUUCUCCAGGAAGGCAGACCCUUAUACCGUGACACCAUCGAAACCUCGCUCGGGUGUCCUGAACUACCUUCUCAACAACGUUGUUCCCAUUGGCAGCUUGAACCACGAGGGUGACCUCGCCUUCAAGAAGAAGCUGGCGACAUCAAACUGCGCAAUCGACGUCAUCGUCUCACUUUGCAACAAGACGGGAGAGUUCACUCUGCCAAAGACCGAUGUACCAAUAUCGCCAUACGUUGAGACUGAGCCAGACUUGCUUUUCGUACGCAAGUUCGUCCUUGAGCAUGCCCUGAAGGCAUUCAAAGAUGCAAACGCUUCUGAUGAACCACUCGAUAUGAAGUAUUCUCGUCUAUUGAGUAUCGCCGACAUAUUCUCCAGGAUGGUAUCGCAGCGACCGAAUGGCGAGAUGCUUACCCAGAACGCCGACCUGACACCCAACUUGAAGCAAAUGGCCAAGAUCAUGUAUGAGAAGAACUUUGUCACUAUCCUGACAACGGCGAUUUCAGACAUUGAUCUCAACUUUCCGAAUGCUAAACGCGUGGUCAAAUACAUCCUGAAGCCUUUGAAGUGGCUCUGUUACGUGGCCAUGGACCUGAGUAUGCACUACGAUACAUCUUCAGCUCCAGACUCCGCCGAUGAGUACGAGAUCUCGACAGCAUCCGAUGACGACCUUAUCGGCAACGAGCGCGAAGAGACGCCUGAUUUGUUCCGCAACUCUACACUAGGCAUGUUCGAGGCUCACGAGUCAGAGUCUGACGAAGACUCCGAAGACGAAGAGGGUGAAGAGAUGAUGUACGACGAUCCUUACGCGGACGACAUGGAGUACGACGAAGGUGAUAUUGGUGACGAUGAUGUCGUCUCUGAUGAUGAUGAAGAGAUCCUGGAGAUGGACAUUGACGGCAUGGGCCCAAUCGAAGGCCUUCCCGGUGAUGUCGAUGUUGAGAUCGAACUCGACGACGAUGGCAAUGCCAUGGGCUCCGAUGAUGAUUCCGAAGACGAUGACGAGGACGAUGAGGAUGAGGACGAUGAUGACAUGGACGACAUGGAUGAUGACGGCGACGACGACGGCAUGGACGACUUGGAAGAGGCCAUGGACGCCAUGGAGGAAGUAACAGGCGAUGACGAAAACGCUAGCCUCGCCGAAGACCAAGAAGAUGAUUGGAGCGAUGACCAGGACGACUUCCCUGGCGGCCCUAACGGUGAGGCUAACAUGCCUCCGGGUGCGCUCGGCUUCGUUCUUGAUCCUCCUCAGCUCCUUGAACAAAUGCGUCAACAAGGUGGAGAUCUCGAAGAUUUCCUAGAUGAUGAGAUGGCAGAAGAAGAUAUGGAUGAGGAGGAAGAGGAGUAUGACGAGGACAUUCACUACGAUCCUGGAAUGGAGGAUGACGACGACGCCAUGCCGGAGAUUGGAUGGGGUGGUGGCUGGGAAGACCCUCAACCGCCUACUGUUCGACAUACCCACCGCCUCAGCCCAUGGAUGUUCCCCGCCGGUCCAGGUGAUCGUAUUCUUGUACCAGCUUACCGCUCACAUCGCCCAGGUGCCGGUCCCCGUGUUACUGACGAUGGUAUCAACCCUCUGCUUCAGCGGGGCGGCCGCUCUGCUGGACGAGAUGGUUUACCGCGCAACGAAGGCAACAGCGAUUGGGUUCACGCUAUUGAAGGUCGCGGCCCCCGUGUCUUUAGCCAAAACGACAGCCCUGUCUCAUUCAUCAGCAACCUGUUGAACGCGAUGAGCUCCGGCGCGGGCGGCCCGACAUUACAUCAGCAUGGAGGCGCGCUACAUCUUUCUUUCAGCAACUCUAUGGGUAUGCCACCGUUCGAUAGUGGCAUGCGCCGUGAUAUCGCUCGUAUGCGAGAGUCGUACACAUCGCGCACUGCUCGCGAAGAUCCGCACUCUGCGGUAUCAUUCGUCAAGGCGUACACAAGCCAGCGCUGGCAGGAAGAAGCACGCAUUCUGUAUGGCCCUGCUGCAAUCGAGAAGAGCAACCGGGUUAUCAACUCCAUUCUGAAAGUCAUGGUUCCGCCUGCCAUGGAAGCAGCGAAGAAGCGCCUAGAAGAGCGCCAGGCCGAAAUCGCCCGCAAGCUCAAGGAAGAACAAGAACAAAAAGAACAGAAGGAGCGUGAAGAGCGCGAGAAGCGCGAGGCACAAGAGAAGGAAGACCGUGAGCGACAGGAACGUGAAGCUGCUGAAGCUGCGAGCCGAGCUCAAGAGCAACCUGCUGAAGGUGAGCCAAAGACGAAGCCUGAGACUGCACCCGAAGCACAGGCAAUGGAGGGCGUCGAGGUCGGACAGUCCUCAGUGGAACCCGCAGCUGCCGAGGCGGCGCCUGCGGAACCUGCUGGGCCACCUCCACCACGUAUCACGACAAUGAUCAGAGGUCAUGAGUACGACAUCACGGACUUGGGUAUCGAUACCGAGUAUCUGGACGCUCUUCCCGAGGAUCUACGUGAGGAGGUCUUGAUGCAACAGGUGGCUGAGCGUAGAGCAGAACAACGCGCUCAAGCACGACGACAAGAACAACAACAACAACAACAGCAGCAACAGCAGCAGCAGCAGCCACAGGCCCCGGUACAAGGACAAGCUCCAGCUGCACCCGAGGAGGCCGGACCAGCAGGCGAGCUACCUACAGACAUCAACGCAGAUUUCUUAGCAGCGCUCCCUGCAGAAAUUCGGGAAGAGCUGCUUGCGCAAGAAGCACAAGAGCGUCGACGCCGGGAACGCGAAGAGAACCGUCGUCGCAAUCAAGCUAGCGCUGGUGCUGCUCCUCCACAAGCGGAGGAAAUGGACCCUGCGAGUUUCUUCGCGUCGCUGGACCCCAAUCUACGAGCUGCUGUGCUCAUGGACACAGACGAAGACAUCUUGCGCCAACUUCCACCCGAGCUAUCCGCGGAAGCGCGAGCAAUGGGAGGUGAUCGCCGAUUACAUCAGUUCAACGACUUUGGCUAUAGACGUGGUGACCGUCGCGCCCAGCCAGACGACCCGUCACAGAAGAAGAAGACCCGUCCUUGCGUACAAAUGCUCGACAAGGCCGGCGUUGCGACGCUCCUUAGACUCAUGUUCAUCCCACAACAGGGAAGCGCCAAGGGUAGUCUGAGCGCCAUCCUACGCUAUGUUUGUGAGAACCGUCAAAACCGCGCGGAGGUUAUCAGCAUCCUGCUUUCCAUUCUUCAAGACGGCAGCGCCGAUGUCAACGCUGUUGAGAAGAGCUUUGCCCAACUGUCGAUUCGGGCAAAGCAGCCUCAGCAACCCGCGGACAAGACUCCAAAGAUCUCUCGCAAGAACGGCGCCCUAUCAAUCAACGCGGAUGUUUCUCCACUCAUGGUCGUUCAGCAAUGUCUCAACACGCUGACCCAGUUGACUGAGAAGAACCCAGCUGUUUGGCAAUUCUUCCUGACUGAGCACGAAACUGGUGUUGGCUUCAAGAACCGUGCCAACCGGAAGGGCAAGGCCAAGGAGACGAAGGCGAAUAGGUAUCCAGUCAACGCUCUACUUACCUUGCUCGACCGUAAGCUCAUUGUUGAGAGCUCUACCAUCAUGGAGCAAUUGACGACACUGCUGAAGGUUAUCACGGCUCCAUUGCAGGUUCUCAAGAAGGAGAAGGAGAAGGCCGCUGAAGAGGCGAAGAAAGAGGCUGAGACCUCUGCAGAAGGCCAGACCACUGAAAGCCAGCCUGCCGAUGCCGCAACAACGGAGGCUCAUCCCGAAGGCCAAGAUACAGAAAUGACGACUGCUCCGGAAGACGCUGCUCAGCCUGAAGCUGCUACUGCUGAGGGCGAGGGUAGCACUUCCAAGACUGACGAGUCAAAGGCCGAAGACGAAAAAGCGAAGAAGCACCGCUCGCUCACGCCACCUGAUGUGCCUGAAGCCAACCUUCGACUUGUCGCUAAGAUUCUGGCUGCUCGAGAAUGCAACAGCAAGGUCUUCCAGGAAACUCUGUCAGUCAUCAGCAACCUAUCACCCAUCCCAGGUGCCAAAGAGAUCUUCGGUCAAGAAUUGCUUGGUAUUGCCAAGGAUCUUGCUAGCUCAACACUACAGGACCUUGCCAGCUUGACGGUUCAAGUCUCAAAGGCAAGCUCGCCUACUGACGUCCAAGGCAUCGCACUUGCCAAGUUCUCCCCAGCAAGUUCCGAUCAAACUAAGCUGCUGAGGGCCCUGACGGCACUUGACUAUCUCUUCGACCCAUCGCGCGACAGCAGGGACAAGCCUGAAUCUGCCGCAGAGGCACUUGAACCGGCUCAGAAGGAAGACAUACUCUUGACCCUGUAUGAGGACAGAGCUUUCGCACCCCUUUGGGAGAAGCUUAGUGAGUGCCUCACCGUCAUUCGACAGCGCGGCAACAUGCUCAACAUUGCCACUACGCUGCUUCCGCUCAUUGAGAGUCUUAUGGUUGUGUGCAAGAACACCACACUCAAAGAGAUGCCGUUGUCCAAGAUGCUUCCCAAGGAGUUCGCCCUGUCUAGCCCACCACCUGAGAGCAGGAUGGAGAACCUGUUCUUCAACUUCACUGAAGAGCACCGCAAGAUCCUCAAUGACCUUGUGCGCCAGAACCCCAAGUUGAUGAGCGGCACAUUCUCUCUUCUAGUGAAGAAUUCGAAGGUGUUGGAGUUCGACAACAAGCGCAAUUACUUCAACCGAAAGCUUCAUUCCCGAGGCGGAGACCGACAAGCACACCCACCUCUGCAGCUCUCUGUUCGCCGAGAUCAGGUCUUCCUAGACUCUUUCAAGUCGCUGUACUUCAAGUCGGCUGAUGAGAUGAAGUUUGGCAAGCUCAGCAUCCGCUUCCAUGGUGAAGAAGGUGUUGACGCUGGUGGUGUUACUCGAGAAUGGUUCCAAUCCAUCUCACGCCAGAUGUUCAACGCUGACUACGCUCUUUUCGUACCUGUUGCUUCCGAUCGUACGACGUUCCACCCCAAUCGUCUCAGUUCUAUUAACCCUGAGCACUUGAUGUUCUUCAAGUUUAUUGGUCGCAUCAUCGGUAAAGCGCUGUAUGAAGGCCGCGUUCUGGACUGCCAUUUCAGCAGAGCGGUCUACAAGCAAAUCAUGGGCAAGCAGGUGAGCCUCAAGGACAUGGAAACGCUUGAUCUGGAGUACUACAAAUCCCUGGAAUGGAUGAUCCACAACGAAAUUACGGAUAUUAUCACAGAGACGUUCUCUGUGGAGGUCGAAGCCUUUGGCGAGAUGCAGACCGUCGACCUCAUCGAGGAUGGUCGUAACAUUCCGGUCACCGAAGACAACAAGCACGAGUAUGUACGCCUUAUUACAGAGCACCGUCUCGUAGGCGCCGUUCAAGAGCAGCUCGAGAACUUCCUCAAGGGCUUCCACGACAUCGUCCCGGCUGAGCUUGUCUCCAUCUUUAGCGAACAAGAACUUGAACUUCUCAUCUCUGGCCUGCCUGACAUCAACGUGGACGACUGGAAGAACAACACCGAGUACCACAAUUAUACGGCUGCCUCACCACAGAUCCAAUGGUUCUGGCGCGCUGUCCGAACAUUCGAGAAGGAAGAGCAGGCCAAAUUGCUGCAAUUCGUUACUGGUACCAGUAAGGUGCCGCUCAACGGUUUCAAGGAGCUCGAGGGUAUGAACGGCUUCUCCAAGUUCAACAUCCAUCGCGAUUACGGCAACAAGGAUCGUUUACCGUCCAGUCAUACUUGCUUCAACCAACUUGAUCUUCCUGAGUAUGAAACGUAUGAGGAUCUUCGCAAGGCCCUGUACACCGCUAUGACGGCUGGUGGCGAGUACUUUGGCUUCGCGUAA